UCCCAGUCAUGGCUAAGGUUUCUAAUUCUCUCUGUAUUUGCCUCUGGUUUUCGUUUUUGGUUCUGGGAAGCUGCUUCAAUUUCCGGGACCAGCCGCAGCAAAAUGAGUGCCAGUUGGAGCAGCUUGAGGCUCUGGAACCCGAUAACGUAAUCAAGUCAGAAGGCGGUCGGGUUGAGACAUGGAACCCCAACCACAGGCAGUUCCGUUGUGCUGGUGUGGCACUGACUCGUUGCGUCUUGGAACAGCACGCCCUUAAGAUGCCUUCGUACUCCAAUUCUCCCCAGCUCAUUUACAUCCAAAGAGGUAGAGGAAUGUUUGGGAUUGUGAUUCCUGGGUGUGCUAACACAUAUGAGGAGGCACAACUUUCAUUGUCUGGAAGGACCUGGAGGUCCCGAGAUCGUCACCAGAAAAUUCGGCUGUUCGAGCAAGGUGAUCUGAUAGCGGUGCCGGCGGGCCUUACUAUCUGGAUGUACAACAACCACAAUGAGCCCGUUGAAGCCAUUUCUCUCCUUGAUACCAGCAACUACAUGAACCAGCUUGAUAGGACGCCCAUGAAAUUUUAUCUUGCUGGGAAUCACCAGCAAGAGUUUCUGCGAUAUCAGCAGCAACAGCAAGAGAGAGAAGAACAACUACAUGGAGGUCGUCGAGAAGGUCCGCAGCAACAACAGAAAGGUGGCAACGUCGUGAGUGCGUUCGACAGGGCUUUGAUGGCUCAAGCCUUGAACACUGACGAGGAGACAGUGAGCGAGAUGCAACGGCAGAACGUCAGGAGUGAGGGAGGCAUCAUGAGAGUGAGUGGCGGCGGUCUCCACAUCUUCCACCCACCUCCCAGGAAACAACGACCACGCCCACGGCAAGGAGAGCAAGAGGAGGAGGAAGAACUAGAGGGCGGCGAGGAACAACAAGAGCAACAAGAGAGAGGCCAAGAAGGACGCGAAGAAGAGAGCGGAAACGAGAAUGGCUUGGAAGAGACACUGUGCAGUAUCCGAAUUCACCAGAACAUCGGACCUUCCGCAUCCCCAGACAUCUACCAUCCACAAGCCGGCAGCCUCAAGACCGUCACUAGUUAUGACCUCCGUGUUCUCAAGCUGCUCAAGCUCAGUGCCGAGUUUGGUUCAAUCCGCAGGGAUGCUUUGUAUGUACCACACUACAACUUAAACGCCCACAGCAUAGUCUACGCAUUAGAGGGAAGUGCGGAGGUUCAGGUGGUGGAUGCCAAUGGCAAGUUGGUGUACAGCCAGGAGCUACGGCAGGGACAAGUUCUGACGGUGCCACAGAACUAUGCGGCGGCGAUUAGGUCACGAAGCAAGCAGUUCUCGUUUGUAGCAUUCAAGACCCACGAUGUGGCUAUGAUGUCGACGCUGGCGGAGCAGAUACGGUCGUGGCCGGAAGAAGUGGUGGCGCGUGUAUACCGGCUGAGGAGGGAGCAGGCGAGACAGCUCAAGAACAGGACUCCGCUUCACUACUUGGUUCCUCCACAACAGUCUCCCAGAGCCGUGGCUUAGAAACGUUACAUAUCCUCUGUCUACGGGGGAUGAAUAUAAUCAAUAAAACAGUAAUCAAAUUCAAUAAUCAAUAAAAGAAAAGGGGCAUCCAAGCCUCUUGUUAUGGGAAUGCAAAAUUAGUACUGUAAGAUUCUGUUUUUACCUGUAAAUGUGAUGAGCGGAAAAAGAUUCCCGU